GCGGGGCCGUUUCCAUGGCAGCGGGAGCCCACAGGGAGGUGCCGCCAUGAGCCCGCCCGAGGUGGAGCCGCUCGUGUGCCGCAGAUACGAGAUCAAAAGGCGCCUGGGCAAGGGGGCCUAUGGCAUCGUCUGGAAAGCAAUUGACCGCAAGACAGGAGAAACAGUUGCUGUUAAAAAGAUUUUUGAUGCUUUCAGGAACAGAACAGAUGCUCAGAGAACAUUUCGGGAGAUUAUGUUCCUGCAGGAAUUUGGAGAACAUCCAAAUAUCAUCAAGCUGCUCGAUGUUAUCCAAGCAGAGAAUGACAAAGACAUCUAUCUCAUCUUUGAGUCCAUGGAGACAGAUUUACAUGCCGUGAUUAAGAAGGGGAAUUUGCUGAAAGACAUCCACAAGUGUUACAUUCUCUACCAACUCCUGAAGGCAACUAAAUUCAUCCACUCAGGGAAUGUUAUUCACAGGGAUCAGAAGCCUUCCAAUGUCCUGCUGGAUGCACAGUGCUGUGUGAAGCUGUGUGACUUUGGCCUGGCCCGUUCCCUGUGCCAGCUGAGUGAGGACCAGCCCAGCCUUGCACUCACCGAGUACGUGGCCACGCGCUGGUACCGAGCCCCGGAGAUCCUGCUGGCCUCUCGCAAUUACACUAAGGGUGUAGACAUGUGGAGCAUUGGCUGUAUUCUUGGAGAGAUGCUGCUUGGAAAGCCACUUUUUCCUGGAACAUCAACAAUGAAUCAAAUAGAGCAGAUCCUGAGGGUCAUCCCUGCUCCAUCCCCAGAAGGUGGGACUCUGCUGCGGGGAAAGGUAUCUAGAGAAGGGGUUAAGAGUGGAAGAAAGCAGCCUGGCUGGGUCAAGGAAGAAGAUAUUUUGGCUCUGCAGUCAGAGUACAAGGCCUCAGUUAUUAACCACAUGAGUUCCCGGCAGCGAGUAACAUUUGAGGAGAUUUUCCCAUCCUCUACUCCACUGCCUGCCUUGGAUCUGCUGAAGAAACUUCUGGUUUUUAACCCCGACAAACGGCUCACAGCAGAGGAGGCUCUGCAGCAUCCUUAUGUGAGGAGAUUCCACUGUCCUUCCAGAGAGCCCUCUUUGGAUUUUGAUGUGAUCCUUCCUUUGGGUGAUGAUGUCCAACUGUCUGUGGCAGAAUAUAGAAAUAAAUUAUAUGAGAUGAUCCUUGAAAACAAGUCAAAGAGCCUUCCAAAGGAGCAAGGGUGGAGAGAAAACAUUCAGCUGAGACAGUCUGAAUCCAGCACACUCCUCCCAGGUUUCAGCUCGGUGACUGCACCCAUCAGGAAAGGCCAGCAAGAACCAACACCCCCUCUUGUAAACCCUUCACAUGUGCACACUGGAGCCACAGCUGGGGACCAGCCAAAAGGAUCUAGCCAGAGCAAGGAUUUGGCCAGAACUGUAUGUCAGAGAUCACAGAUGAGUGUGAUGAUGUACAACCCCAUCACACACACCACUGUGCAGAGAAAUGCAAAUCCUGGUGUUGGGAUCAGGAACUGUUCUGCACCACCUCAACAGUCCAGAAUCUCCAACAAUGAAAAACUAGGGAGACAAACCACAUGGAUAAACACUCAGCUCUCUCCUACAAGUGUGCAGAACCUUUACAAUAAUCCUAGAAACUCUCAGUGUCACAGCAAAGAUGUUCGUCCCCUUCUGAAGCCCAGUAAAAAGAUGUUCCAGAUCACUGCAAACGUGGGAGCUGUGGGUGAUCCAAAGGCAUCCAUGGGCAGCUAUUCCCAAGCCUAUGGAACCAUCAGUAAAUCUGCACUGCAGAGUCUUCCAAUAGCAAAGGCCUCCAAAACUCCUGAGCAGUGACUGUGGAGAUGUUCCAGACAGGUGAAGUACAGCUCAUCCUUCAGCCCCUGACUAAGCAAGGGCAGCAGGGGAGAGCAAAAUAUGAGGAAAUGCUUUAUUCAUUGCUUAGGACAACAUCCUUCUUUCCUCUGGACAAGCUAAUAGGAAAGGGAAUGCAACCCCUCUGCCUUCAGUCUCAGCAGUCAAGGACACAGUGGGUUUGCUCUCACACCCUGAGAACAGUGAAUGCUGUCAGUUCAUAUUCCUCAUUUGAAUUACUGCAAAAAAUCACAGAAAACUGCAUUAUUCUGAUACUUGAGUGGUUUUUAGACAUAUUCAGGGUCCAGGGGAGCCUCCUAAAGUUCAGCAAAGCCAAGUGCAAGGCCAAGAAAAUGCUCUGAGGGCUGGAGCCCCUCUGCUCUGGAGAUAGGCUGGGAGAACUGGAGGUGUCCAGCCUGCAGGAAAGGUGGCUCUGGGAAGACCUUUGAGCCCCUUCUGAGCCUUUAAAAAAACCCAAAAAACCUCUCUAGGAGAGCUGGGGAGGCACUUUGGACACAGGCCUGGAGUGACAGGACAAGGGGAAUGGCUUCCACUGCCAGAGGGCAGGGUGAGGUGGGAUCUUGGGAAAGAAUCCUUCCCUGUCAGGGUGGGCAGGCCCUGGCACAGGAAGCUGUGGCUGCCCCAUCCCUUGAGGUGUUCAAGGCUGGACAGGGCUUGGAGCAACCUGGGAUAGUGGAAGGUGUCCCUGCCAUGGCAGGCAGGGUUGGGUUGGGACUGGGUGACCUUUAAAAGGUCCCUUCCAGCCCAUCCAGGGAUUCUUCAGCAGUCUGCCUAAACGGUGGGGAUUUUUUUGAGUAGAACAGGUAAUCGUUCUCUGAAGACCAUGAAGACCUGACUCUUCACAGGUAAUCUUACAACCCUUCACUCAUUUCUAUGACUGUUCUAGGCUAGAUGAACAGUUCAUUAUGGUCUGGUUUUGUUAAAAUCAAGUAGAAAAGCAUUUGAAAUACAGAUGGGUUCUUCUACAAUAUUUAAUUUUAUUAGCUUCUCUUGUGUGUAAUAUUGUAAUAAUAAAUUCUUUAUAUGGCACUGCAUAAACUCUUGUCUUUCAAAGCAGCAUUUGCUAUGUUGAGAAGGAAAUUGCCUAUUGGUAGGCAGUCUUCUUCUGUAAAUUGGUCAUUUUUAUUGUUUUUGCUUUAAGAAAGCAAAAUUUCAUGAGAUGCUAUUGCUGCGACAUUGUAAAGGUGUUUCCAGUCUUCACUGGGACUACAGGAAACUUCAUAUUCCUUUCAAUGAUUAUUUUGGAUACAUUUUCCUCAUUAACUUGAAGGUCUUGUCUCUGUCCCUGAGGUUUUACUCUGCCUGUGAAGAAUGGUUGUUAUCCCCCCCAGCUGUCUCAGCUGCUCAUGCUGCUCCAGAUCUGUCACCUCAUGAACUGCGGUUACACUGUCAAGGAAGUCACGACUUGGCCAAGGCAGGAUUUUACUUUAGAUGCUUAUUUAAACUCAGACUCACCUGAAAAAGCCUCCUAAAACCAAACUCUUCUCCAUCACAAGCACCUCAGCAGGUUCUUUCAGCUCAGCCCCUAAAAGAAGUAAUUCCCUAUACACAAAGAAACAAACCACAAGCAAACCAGACCCCGCAGGCUCAGGAAUUGGAAAAUACAAAAAAGCUGGGCCUGUGCUGCUGGGGAAGAUCAGAACCACAGACUAGGCCAAAACAUUGAUUACGACUGUUUUUUUUUUCUUGGAAGGAAACCUUCAAAAAGGUGCCUCCUGUGUCUGACUCAUUGUGAGAUACAGAAAAAGAGUAACUUCACCUGAGAA